UGUUCUGAGAAGCUAGAAAAGCCUAUCUGUCUCCUGUUACAGAAAACUGAGGAUUUUGAUAUUUUCUUUCUUUUUCAUUUCCUUUAAAAAUAAUAAAAAUUAAGGUUAUACAAUCAACUCUUAUUUCCCACCAAAAAAUAUAUACUCCCUUCCCUAUAAAAAACACACAACAUAAAAAAAAUUAGUUGUUGUUGGAAAAACAAAAUGAAUUCACGGUUGUCUUAUCUUUCUGCCCUCCUACUCUUCACCUUCCACGGCUUAACUGCAACUAAUCUAAUUCAAGAAACUUGCAAGAAAUGUGCCCAGAGGGAUCCAAACAUCGGGUACAAAUUCUGUGUGAGUUCCCUUGAAGCAUCUCCUGAGAGCCGCUGCGCUAAUCUUGGCGAACUGGGCAUCAUCUCCAUCAAGCUAACACGGCGAAACAUCACCAGCACAAGGCACUACGUUAAGGAGCUUUUGAAAAAUAAAAGAUUGGACCCCAACAUAAGGCCUUGCUUAAAUGAUUGCCUCGAUCUUUAUUCAGAUGCAAUCCCUACUCUUAAACAAGCCAUUCAAGACUAUAAAUCUAAGCAUUACGAAGAUGCCAAUAUUGAAGUCAGUUCAGUUAUCGAUGCCUCUACCACUUGUGAACAAGGGUUCAAAGAAAGAGCUGUAACUUCACCUUUAACAGGAAGGAAUAACGAUGCACUCCAGUUGUCUGCUAUAGCACUUUCAAUCAUCAAUAUGCUCCAUUGAUUCAUUUGUCCUGUUUGCUUUUUCUCAAAUGUAUUGGGUUCCAUAAACUAUUUGCUUAUUAAUGACAUAAAAAAAAAAAAAUUUGUCUU